AUGAGUCUCCCAUCCCUGAAGCAGUACCACCGAAAGCCCUAUGCGGCCAUCUCUCCCUCACGCCCAGAACUCAGCCAAGCAGGCAAGACAGUUGUCGUUACCGGAGGCAACAGUGGAAUUGGAUAUGCCGUCGCCCGCAGCUUCAUCAAAGCUUCCGCCAAACAUGUCAUCAUCUUGGGUCGCCGUCAAGAAGUUGUAAAGUCUGCCGCCGAGAAGCUCUCCAAAGAAGCAGACGGCUUUGGAUCAUCUGCUGUGAUUGAGGGCAAAGUCUGUGACGUUGCAAGUCUCGAAUCUACUGCAGCAUUCUGGCAAGAUCUCCAACGCAAUGGGGUUUAUGUCGAUGUUUUGGUCCUCAAUGCGGCGUCGCAUACCGAAAAAGCUCCCAUUCUCGAGAAUGGCCUUGGAAACGUCUGGCGGGAUUUUGAGGCCAAUGUACGCUCCACGUUGGAUUUUACCGAGCGAUUCUAUAAGCAGACGAGCAAACAAGGCUCCCGCAAGUUCUUGGUAUACCUCUCGACUAUUGCCGGAUAUAUGUGGCAGUCAAUGGCCCCAGAGCGCCCAAGUUACGGCCUGACCAAGAAUGCCGCUACGCUCUUGGUUCAGCAGAUUGCCAAAGAUACCAAAGUCAACGACAUGCAGAUCAUAUGCUUCCACCCAGGUGGCGUUCUCACCGACAUGGCUCGCAAGUCUGGUGCAAGCGAGGACUUGGGAAUCCCUUUUGACGAUGAAAACCUUCCAGGCCAAUUUUCGGUCUGGGCGGCUAGCCAAGAGGCUGAACAUCUGCAUGGCCGGUUUGUCUGGGCUAACUGGGAUGUUGACGAAGUGAAGACUGUUCUGAGCAAGCAAAUUUCGGAAGAGCCUAAUUUCCUAAAGAUCGGAGUCGAAGGGCUAUCUGAAAAGGAUCCUAACCCCAUGAUUCCUCCUGAGCUGCUCCAGAAGAUCAUGGCACUUCGGCAGCAGGCAAAUUAG